GCCAGACAUGAUCGCACCCGAAAAAUAUCUUGAGGAAGAGCCAAACGAGCUGGACUUGCAUGUCCAGCACGGAACCAUUGUACGACGUACAGACAGUGGACCGGCAAAUUAAGCCACGUCAACCACCUGCGCAUGACCGCCACAGAUCUUUCCUCUGCUAUGCCUCCACGGCACAAUCAUGGCCUCUCCUCCUCGCUCCCCUGGCCAAUCGAGCGGACCGUGCAGUGAGGACGGCAUCCCCGUCGUCGUUUUCGCCGUCCUCCACAACGGCGACACCGGCGAACGGUCGCAGGCGGUCCGGCACCUCGGCCAGGCGUGCCAAGACUGGGGCUUCUUCCUGGUGACCAACCAUGGGGUGCCCGAGGCUCUCUGGAGGGCGAUGAUGGACGCGUGCAAGAAGCUGCUCACCCUACCGCCGGAGCAGAAGCAGGUGCACAUGGAUGUCGGCCCGAUGGACCCCGUGCGCCAUGAUCGCGGGAAAGGCGGCGAUCGGCGGGGAAGGGCGGCGAUCGGCCGGACGGGGCGACAUUGGAAUGGGCCGCAUGAUCAACGCUAGGUCGUGGGUCUUUUUUCGCGCGACGGAAGGGGGAUCGGCUCGAGCCAUGUGCUCGGCUCUACCUAUAUGGGCACGACGCAUAUGGCGCGGGAUACGUUAAGCACCGUAUGCCCAAAAUACCCUAGGAACAUGCGGCCAACCAUCAUAUGCUCCAUAUCGGUGUGCCGUUGAAAUGAAUAUCAAAAUCACAUAGCCAAACCACCUGCAAAUUAAAAAAAAUCACAUAGCCAAAGAGAUACUACUAAUAAAGUAGGUAACUUGCAAAGGAUUACAUAGUUUUUACAAAAAAACAAUCUAGACACAUUAGGAGGAACAGAGCUAAUGAUUGUUCCUCUUGGGGGUGACUAGGAUCCUUACCUCAGCAAUUCAUCAACUGACCGAGUGAAAAUUCUGAACAUGUCUCUUGGGAAUCAUCGUACGAGUCCCUAAAAUAACAUUUCUUACUCUACCUUAAUUAGUUGGUCCAUCAUCGUCAGAAACAUCAUACAAGCAUAUGUCUCUAGGAUCCACUUCAUCUCAGAACCUUUUGGCUCCAUAUUUCGUCGCCUAUCCAACUGUUGAGGCAAGAGCUUCUAACUUCUAUUGACAUGCAAGUCGUUUUGGUGCUUAAUGCCAGGAAGCCAUUGGCAUAUUGUCUUUGCAUGUCUGUAAUCGGGACAUCACCAUGUCUUUAGAGUAUAGGGAUUAGUCAUGAAGUGGCUUCGCCAGAACGGUACUAUCAUAAUGUAAUGCAGGAGCUCCCGAUGCCUCUGAAGCCUACCAUGCGGAAGUUGUGGAAGUGCAUCCUAUGGUACGUACGACCUAUUCAUCUCGGAUGAGCUGCUUGCUUGCAGCCUCGCUUCUCUUUUAUGGACCGGAAGGAGAUCCAAAUCGACACCAAAUUAAUGUGGAUGUACUGUUUGAUUCCUUGCAAUUAUUCAGAAUCUGUUGCCAGGCUAUAUACUCCAGUUGUUUGGAUACUCGCCAUAGCUAGUGUGCGCGUGCAGGGGCUUGGGCCGAAUUUAUGGAGGGACAAAUGGGCUGGAGGGGCAAGAAACAUGCUAUUAGGCUGAUUUUAACUCGACAUAUGAGCUGAAUACUAGGGGAUACUCCCUCCGUUCGGAAUUACUUGUCGCCAAAAUGGAUGUAUCUAGAUGUAUUUUAGUUCUAGAUACAUCCAUUUUCGAGACUAGUUCUAGAUACAUCCAUUUCCGAGACAAGUAAUUCCGAACGGAGGGAGUAUUUGCUAACUUUCUCA